CCACCGUAACGAUGUUUAGCGCGAUGGGUCAAAUGGCCUUUGUUGCGCAUCCAGCCGGAGACGCGACAGCAACAAAAAUUGUGGCCGUUCCCCCGAAUACGGGUACACCGGUCUCAUUCAUAGUAAAGCCAAUGAAGCUAGGUGAGAUUGAGAUUCGGUUGAAUGCAUCCGUCAUGCAAGGCGUUAUCUCGGAUAGCUUCAAAAAAAUCAUAAGAAUACUUCCGGAAGAAAUAGUAGUUGUCAAAUCAGAACGUAUACAUUUCCACCACGAAACUCCGUUAAUGCAAUUCUUCGAUGUUGCUCAUUCUGUUAACGAGAAGGCAGUGGAAAGGUCCGGACAAGUUUAUUUUACCGUAUAUCCCGAUCAGCAAACACCUAAACAUAUUGCCAACAAUUACGAUGUAUCACUUUUAUACAAUGAUACAAAAAUUACACUGCAUGUAAAUUCAGAAUCCACAAAGAACAGUACAACAGAAAUUGUUCCAAAUUAUGUUAGCAAUAUGUUUGUCAUCGUCAUCGGUUCCGGUUCUGGAUUCAUUCAGAUCGACUGGCAAUACCGUCUAAGUUUAAUGCAUUUCAAGCCUCGUUUCAACUUACAACUGACCAAGCUAGCGACUCCCACCAAAUGGCUGACACGGCUUAAAGUUUGCUGCAGCUUCAUACCAGAGAAUAGGGAUGAAUAUUCAAACGAAACGCUGGUGGAAGUGAGCAUUCCGAUAGGGUAUGCGAUGGAUGACCACAGUGUACUUGAGGAAACAACUGGCAAUCACAUCAGAAGAAUCGAAGUGCUACACGGUGGAACGACAUUGAUGGUAUACUACCAUAAGAUGGGUAAUGAAACGAAUUGCUUUAGCGCUUAUCCAUACAGAAGGUAUAGAAUGCCACUACACCGUCCUUCGUACAUUAAAGUGCAAGAUAUCUACCGCCCAGAGUUGAAUGCGAUGGAGAUGUUCGACUUCUAUUAGAUGAAAUUGAAAUCGCAUUGAUGUUGCCACGUACGUCAUCCAUGAGUCAUCGUCACUCGCUGCCGUUGUCCGGGAACAUGGUAUGUCGUGGUCUAACGAGUUUUCCUUGGAUCGAAGAUGCUGCUUAGUCAGACCAGUCACGAUUAUCGCGUUAAUCACUCCAACAACGGAAACGACCAACCUCUAUUAUCUGUGAAUGUAAAUCGUGCAACAAUGUAUGCUGCAAUUGUUAUCAAACGACAACGGAGCUAUUCAAUCACAAACAUAUGCACCGUUUUCGGCGAUUGCCACUAUCGUGGUCAAUGAUUUAAUAUUUUGAUCAUUCUGAUAUAAAU